AGUUGCUCAGCGCAAGUUGAACAGGUGACAGCUAACAGUUGAGCGGCCAAUAUGACUCGUGCCUUACUUAUUGCUGUGGCCCUUACGCUGCUCUUCACUCUGGUGGUAGCCAAUUAUGAUUUUAAUUCAACAGAAAUGUUUCGACUGGGCUACAAUCCCACCUAUGAUCUGUGGUACUUCAACCCCAGAGGUAGACCAAGGGAAAUAAGUGAGGCAGUCAAAGCUGCAUACAGACAACAAAAACCUGGCGGCAUCUGUUUUGUGGAGCCCAAUACGUGGCUAUACUGUAGAACACUUGAGCCAAUAAACCAAGAGUGAAAUUCCGUAUUAUAUUCAAGUAUUACUCACAGUUUUGUUGCUUAAACUUAAUUAACUGUUUGUUCCAUCAAAUAUACCUGGAAUUAGAAAACAUUU